AUGGAUACGCCGCCCGUGCCUAAACCUCGGAGCGCAUACAUGCCCCAAACUGAGGGUGUAAAAAGACCUGUACCUUUACCACGAACAAAAGUGCCGAUAUCCAACGAUCGAGUUACAGCUUCUGACAUAUUACGUUCUAUAGGUUCUGUCUCCAAACAAAUAACAGAGGAUGUUGCCCUGAAAGUAAGUAGUUCAGCUAAAACAGCUAACGAAAAGUUAGAAAAGUCAAUUAUCGAUGGCUCUAGGUUUGCCAAAGGGACACUUGAAAAAACAUUUACUACAUCCAGGGCUGUAAGAGAUACUGUUGCCAAAUCUGUAAUAGAAGGGACAAGAUCAGCUGGAUUAAAAUUGCGCCGAUCGAAAAGAAAUGAGAACAUAACAGAUGGAGAUUCUCAAAGAUGUGUGUCUAUGCCAGUUGUAGAUGUUAGCUUGUUUGAUAAUAUACAAUUUCAUUCACCACUGUUAGAGCAAAAGAGAUAUAAUAUAGAAGUUGACAAUUCACAAAAUAACUUACCAUCAUUGCAUUUAAAUGCUUCUUACUUAGAUGACUUAUCACUUUUCUCAAGUAAUUCUGAUUCUAAUCCAGAUAGUAUAAGCAAUUUUUCCUAUGACAGUAGAGAUCAAGAAAACAAUGAUCUUGGAACAAGUACUGAUGGUGAACCAACUACAUAUGACACUCCAAAACCAUCAAGGCAAAAUAGUAUCAUCAGCAUCACUUCCUCACCAGAUGUACCAGAAAGGCGUAAAAAACGAGAAAGCACAGUUGAAUUUAUGAGACAAAAUUCUUUAUAUGAAAAUUGGACACUGCCAUCACAAAAAUCAAAUAAAUCUUGCAAUGAGACUAUUGAAAGAGCAAGCAAGAGUACUAUUUUUGAAUUUGAUCCUUUAAAUACAACUAAGGCAGUUACUAAAUAUGAAGGUGUUAGCAAUGAACUUCUCUUAUUAGAAUCUUUUUUAAUUGGGGAUACAUAUGGUACUAUAAUUUCAACAGACAGUACUGAAGAUAAUUUUGAUAUUAUUGAAAGUGAAUAUUUCAAUCCACCAACUCCUCCGGAGAGGUCUGAUAGUCUAUUUCCAAAUGAAUCUACAGAAGUUGCAACUGCAUCUGUAGAGCCUCAGAAAGAUACAAAUUCUAACUGGUAUGUUAGUAAUGUGGCUGAAAAUAAAGUUACGUCAGAGGAAACAAAAGCACCUCAUUCUGUCAUGCAGAGGUUUUCUAAUAUGUUGAAAUUAGAUGGUAAAAAAACUAAUAAACAACAAGCACAAAAAGUUGAAGUAGUUGAGAGACCAACAGUAAAUAACUUAACUGUACUCUACUAUAGUGGUAUGUUAACAAAGAUUGUAUCUGGAGUUGUAGAGGACUUAUUCAAGAAUUCACAAUCACGAUACUGCAUCCUUUCCGACCAAAAACUGCUAUGCUAUACAGAUCCAACAAAUUCCAUUUUAAAAGAAGCAUACACUUUAGAUAGCAUAAAUUCAUUGCAGAUUGUACUACCUCUUUCAUCAAGUACCACGAGUAAUUCAUAUUGCUUCGAGAUAUCCGUGUCAACGAGCGGAGUCCGCAGCAGCCCUCGUAAAAUACUGUUCAGUUGUUCAAGCGCCUCUGAAAGACGCAAUUGGGCUCAGAAGGUUGCUGAACAUCUAACUUCGGCUUUUCCAACGAAAUAUACAGCAGAAUACACUAGAUGUGGAUGGUGUUAUCUUAAGGAAGGUGUGAGCGGUGAAUGGCGCGGUGCGUGGCUGAUGUUGAUUCGUCGUGUUCUGGUCUACUGCUGCAGCACUGAGUCUGGCGUGUGCACUGUAGACUUAAGGAAGACUAGAUGCGUCGUAGUUUUCUUGCGAAAUGAGGAAAUUCAACAUUUCGAAGCAUUACUCCAAGUUAUGCAAGCGGCGGACGAGGAGACGAAACAGGCGUGUCCCUCGGAUGGUAGCGGCAACUUGCUGCUGGAUUGUCCUCAUUCUACUCUUUACUUACGUUUUCCACACGAAAGGGAAUUAAAGGGCUGGAGGUAUAUGAUAAAACUGGCAGCUCACAACAAUGGCGCUCACAUUCACCACCAACAACUGACAAAAGAGGACAUCCCCACUGUCGUGGACAAGUGUAUAAGCUUCAUUUACGCGCAUGGUAGCUUAUCAGAGGGCAUCUACCGUCGCGCGGGAAGUAGUGUCGUGCUUACCGAGUUGUUGGCACGAUUCCGUCGGGACGCGUGGUCGGUGCAACUGAGUCCUGGUCAGCAUUCCGAGCACGAUGUCGCCGGGGUGCUCAAGCGAUUCUUCCGUGAUCUGCCCGAAUCUCUCGUGCCACAAGAUCGCCAUCAAGCACUUAUAUCUGCCCUAGAUAUUAAAGACGAAGAAGCCCGUCAUGCGGAAUAUCGACGCACGCUAAACUCGCUGGGAGUAGUGGCACGUAACACGGCAAGAAAGCUAUUCGCACAUCUCAACUUCCUUCAAAGCAUGUCUCACGCCAACAAGAUGAGCGCGGAAAAUCUCGCCUCAGUAUGGGCGCCCACCAUCAUGCCUGCUGCUUUGACUAGCAACACGCUGCAAACGGCGUGGUCGUCGAAGGAGGUGUACGUGGUGCGCGAUCUGAUCGCGAACUACGAGGCGGUGUGGAAGCCGACAGAGGCUGAGAAACGACGCGAGGCGGCCGUGCGGCGCGUGCUCUCGCGCGUGCUCGCUUCAGCAGCGCCCGUGGCUCCGCGGGCGGCCGGCGAUCUACGUGCCUGGGUCUAUAUUCACGAGCACACCAACUGUUACCAAGUCACCUUGACACCGAAUAAGACCAGUGCCGACGUGUGUAUAGAACUCUGCGAGAAAGCUAAUAUGGAGUCCCAUUUGCUAAUGCUUGAGGAAGUGAUAUGCAACGAGUCCAUGCGUCGAAUCGUUCACUUGGACGAGAUUGUAUUUGACGUUGUACUACGUUGGGGAUACUGGGACGAGGAAGACAGGAAGGACAAUUAUCUCCUAGUGAGGGAGAACAAGAUCCUCCAUGAGAUGGACGCGUUAAGAAACACCACGUCCCUCGUUUGUGGGGAACUGCGCUUAGCCAACGAGUCUUCGAAAGCAUUUAAGUUGCAUAUGUUCGAAUUUAAUAAAACGAAGCUUUGCUAUUUCAAGGAUAAACAAGGCUCCCAUAAGAUUGAGGAGUGGGAUGUGAAAGAUAUACUGUGGUACAUAGGCCAUGAACCCAAAAGGAACCCACAGUCACGAUGGUCAAUCACCUUCAUACCAAGGAACAAUAAACCUAAACGGAGCAAGGAGCGUCCGUGGUUCGGCUGUACAAUCGCCGGAGCGGUGACGGAAGAUCAGCUGAAGUGGAUGGCGGCCAUGACGUUCGCCGAACACUCCAACGUAUUGCCAACGCCCCGUCUCGUUAUCACUUAA